GAGUAAGCUCCCUGCUCUAUUUGCUUGCAAUGCUAUGUCUAUCAAAGUUGGCGAACGCUUCUUGUUCUCGUCCACCCCUUCUAGACUAAUGCAAGCACUAAGUAAGUAAACUACCUUUCUUUUUUUUUCAUAACCUAGACUAAAGAAGAAGCUCCUGAAUCCGCGCAGGGCCAAAUCAGCAGCAAGAGAACUGUCCUAACCUGCCACCGGUGACUUUCUCAGAGCUCCGCAGGAGAAGAAAGAAAGUCCGAGCCCAAUUUCUACAAUUGCAUUGCCUUACUCCCUAUUCUCUCUUAAAACUUUUGAAAGCUCGGCGAGAAAGAGUUGGUUAAGAACUAUUGACUCUAACCCAUAGCAGUGUAAGUCAGGAGAUGCUCGCCUUUGGAAUUAAGAUGGAUGAAGAGGCACUUGAGCCUGGAAAUGAAAAAAUUAGGGGAAAAGAUGAAAGCGGUCACUAUACUAGAGGAGGGCAAGACAUGACCGCGACUUAAGAUUCAAGUACCGUUAAAAAGACUAAAAGAACGAGAUAGCGAUAGCUGUAAUAAAGCACAGGCUAAUACGAGCCGACCAGAAGAAGCAAAGCUUAGAUUACCAGAUCGUGGACACAAUCCUCCUAGAGAUGGAGAGCCCCUUGCCUUUUCUAGCCUCUCCUUCUUGCUUGCUUACUUAGCUCUUGUCUUAGUUACUUUUUUUUUCUAGGGUUUUUAUGAGUGUUAAAACGGUAGAUUUUUCAUUUGCCAAUUAAUUUUUCCGAUUCGAUCAAAAAUGGGAUUUCUUUUUGGCUAGAGAAAGGUUCUGUGACAUGGACGCUUAGCCCAACUCGGUCGGUCGGUCAGCCCACCUAACAGAUGAUGAGAUUCUCGAUCGAUUUGAUCGAAUUUGGAAAAGUCUUUUUCACGAUUCAGAACAGUGGAGCUUUCGAUCAAGAUGUUCUCGCGUCCCCCGUUCGGGCUCUCGCUCAAAUCGGAACCCCUUUAUGCCUUGGCAGGCUUUCGACUCAAUCUAAUAGCCUACCUAUCGUCAAAGAGAAAGUUUUCGCAUGGGCUCAUCAUCUGAUGCAGAACCGAUGCGAGAAGGAUAAAAAAUAUGGGGGAAGAGGAUCUUUUUAGCUUUCAAAAACCAGUAGAAAGGAAAGAAUGCGGGGAACAACUCUUUCCAAAGACAGUAAUUAGUUUGAGUUAGCAUAAAAGAUUUGAUUGAAUGAACGCCAUCCUUGGUUCUUUUCAAAGAAAUCCAAUGUUGAGCCAAGCCUUUCCAGCCGGUAAUCGCCGAAGGCGAAGGCAAUGAAAUUUACUGACUCUUUAGAGUAAGGUAAUGCCAAUUCACUUACUUGGAACAAGUAAGGUAGUUUACUUACUUACUUGAUAGAGUAAGGAAAAAAAAGACUUUUUUAGAAGAAAGGCGAGAAGGAAGAGAAGAAGGAUUAGUAGUUGCCUCGCCGAGGAACUUGAGGCCGACAUACCGAGUGCGGUCCCAGAGUUCAAGACGCUGUCUAAAACUCGUGUCGAUCAUAGAAAAGCAUUUCUUUCAAAAUGAAAACAAACCUCAUUCUCUUGUUCCCCUCCCGAAAAAACGGCAGAUCCAGAUGCGAGAUGAUCCCGAACCUAUUUAAGAACCACCAUCCAUCACCAAUCACAUUCCACAUCCCACUUCAAUUUCAUUGCCUCUCUCUAACUCUAAAACUUAUGCACUCUACUCGCCGCCUACUCCACUCCUUACCACUAAACGACGAAGCCCGGAGCGGAAGGAGGGACUUGAACCCUCAACCUUAGCCUUGGCAAGGCUAUGCUCUACCAUUAAGCUAUUUCCGCCAGCUACGGUAGUGGCGAAGCACUACUGAGCAAUUCACGUAUCACUUGAUACGGACGACUUAUGUUUUUCCGCCGGACCACCCUCUUGACCUCCGAUCGAGCUACGAGCACGAGUAGGUAGGUGGCUAGGGGGCCGGGAAGGGGGACCUUUCUUUUUGCUUCGCGCUAGAUGAGAUGAUGAUUAGUAGGUCAGGUCCCGUGUGUGUGCUCUUUCUCACAAUCCUAAAGAGGCGGGCUGUCUUUUCAAUCAAUCUCCGGCCGCUCAGUGCCGCUAUUGGUGCGAGUUGUAAGGGGUAUUGGUCUCGAGUCGAGAAAAAGCUUCAUCUCAUUCUUGUAACGGGAGUGAGUGCACCGCAAGACCAGACAAGUUGCUCUCUCGCCUUGCAGCAGCGGAAUCCUUCUUUUAAGUUAAGUCAUUUCCUAAGAAGGCUCCUCUUAUUCUACGAGAAUCAAAUUCUCCUACAAUAAUUCCACGAAUCUGCUCGGAACCGGUCGAUUCCUGAGCCAUUCGUUCUCCCCUCUCGGUUGGCCUUUGGCAGCCACUAAAGCAAGUAAGAAAACCUAGAGUUCAUUCACUUAAAGAACCGCGGAUUUUUACCGGAUUGUACACCUUUGUGUCUGGCUAUGUAUAUGAAUAUGCAUAAAGAAAGGACGGGACAUCUCUCUCCUUUUUACUUUUUUUGGGGGGGGGAGAAGAGAGAGGAAAGAAGCUACAGCGGCACCUCACGAACUUCUUACUGGGGCAGCACCAUCCUAUAGGCAUUUGCGAGUGUUUGGAUGCACCUUUUUUGUUGUUUUGUUUAUAUUCUUGCGCAGUUAAGAGAUAAAUUGUCCUCAAGGCAAGCACUUGUGUCUUUUUUGGAUAUGCUCAGUCCGAAUAUAGAUAGAUGCUAUGACGUGAAAUCCAAGAGACUCGAUGUAUCCUUGAAUGUUCUCUUUAAUGAGGUCACCUCAUAUUUUCCUUUUCUUAAUUAAGAAGCCCUGGAGGAGAAUAGUGAUGGAGAUGUAUUAUGGCCUUCUCCUGUUCAUCAACUCGAACUUCAUUCUUCUGCAGUUGAUGUUAUGGAUCAGCCUCACUCUUCAGGCCAGCAUCUUCCGCCGAUUGUCAGCCUGUUCAGCUGACCUCAGAGGCUUCCAGUCAUCCGGAACAGCAUCUUUCUUCUCGGCGACGAUUACAGUCUCUUUCCAAAAGUCAGACUACUCUAGAAGAUCAGCAGUCUAGCCCAGUUGCUUUCCUUCCAGUCGCUUCCUUAGAUUAGAUUCUGGAUCCUUCUCUCAGUUCAAUCUUCUCAUGAACCUGAAUUCUUUGCUGAAGCUUCCAAUCAUUCUUGCUGAAGAAAGACUAUGCAAGAAAAAAAGAAGAAAACUGAGUCUCAUUGCCUGCAGAGAAAGAAGCCAUUGGCUGCAAGUGAAUUUACAAGAUCAAGCAUAAAACAGAUAGCUCAGUAGAAAGAUACAAAGCGUCAUUAGUAGCUAAAGGAUUCCUUCAAGAAUAUUGAGUCGAACCCCUUUAGAGAUAGAAGAAAGAUUUGCCCCGGGUUGCUAAACACCAUUCGUGGCAUUCUUGCCUUGGCUUUAAAAAAAAGUUGCCCUUAUUUCAACUUGACUAAUUAUCGCUGACAUUGUUUACACUUACAACAUAGGGGGAAGUGAUCAGCCUAUUUUUAUGGACAAGCCGAGAUCAUCUCACUUAGAAGCUGCUUUUCGGAUUCUGCGAUCUAUCAAAACCUCGCUCGGAAGAGGUUGAUUCUUGCCUAUUCUUCAGUAGAGUAUUCUGAAUAUGAAAACGCGGAAUUCAUUGACGAAUUUCGGCAAAGCAGACUGAUUAAGAUCAAUGCUGGUAAACCAUUUUCUUCAAAGAAAUAGGCUUUGUUAUAAAUAUAUAAAUAAUAAUAGAGUUUCCGGCAUACGCGCUUCUAUAACACGCUUUCUCUAUAAGAAAAAGUCGACUCUUUCCCAAAUGGAAACUGAUAUCCUCUUUUUUGUUGCCCAGUAGGGCCCAUGCAAAAGGUUUAGUUAAGAUAUGCCAGAUUCCACCAAGUAUACAAAUGGAACCUAUCCAUACAUGUCCUCCUAUUAUAUCUUCAAAAUCGUCCACACUAAGAAUCCAUUCUGAGGUGGAAUGCUUCACUCGGGUUCAAGACAGUAAGGGGCUUGGCAACCCCGUUAGAAGAUAAAGUCGAGUAGCGAGCUGCUUCGUCUUCUGCCGCUGGAUAGGAAUGAACCCAUGUCAAAAGCAGUAAGGAAUAGACUUAAUCAUUUACCCUAAAAACGGAUUUUCCUAUCCUAAUAGUAGGAGGAGACUUGUUGCAUUAGAUAGAUCGAGAGAAUCCUAUCUUCCUCUUAUUUAGUCGGUAGUUAGAGUUAGGACUUCUUCUAGCUCCUCUCCCGUUGGUCGAGUGGCUUUCGCUCCUCUAGACCAUACCUAUUUAGCCGAUGUCUUAAAUAGAAGACUGGUAUAAAUUGGAGGAAGAAUUGCAUUUAGAAGUCAUGACAUGACCAGCUGAUUUUUGGCACUCCAGCCAGCCGUCUUGGUCUCACUCAUAUUGGGAAUCAGAGAAAGAAAGCAGGGGGGACACCUCUAAAAAGAGCUUGUUCCAUAAACGCUUUCCUACAAUGAACAGACGAACCGAGCGAGUCCAAUGCAAAGAACCCCAGUGAGGAGAUCAGGUUACCCUUUUUCGUAUAUUUCUAAUACGUAAUACGAGGAGGUAAUUAGUUGAUACCGAGAAUGAUAGAAGAAGUUUGCUUAAACACCCCCACUAAGGUAAUAUAUUACUAUCCUAUACUCGUUUAAAUUACAGUCUAAGGUUGCGUACAUCUUCUUGUGUUAGAGUUCUUUCAAGCUCCUCCCUCAGCUUCAAUUCAAGUUUUCUGAUUUUAGUUGUAGGACUAAGGGCUAGGUGUUUUUGCAAUCCUUCUAGUCUUGCAAAAUUCCUUCGUUUCCUUUUGUAUAUGUCAACAAAAAUGUUAUGUUUCCAAUCCUCUGUCUUAACUUGUAAGAUGGUGAGAGCUUCAACAAAAGGGUCACUUUUUUGCCAAGCAUUUUUUAACCAAGGUUUCCAAUCCUCAUGACAUUCCCAAGUUGAUAGAUAUCUAAAUGCUCUGCCUUGGUUUUUUACAUUUUCUUUAGGGAUCAAAUUUACUAGGAUAGGGGAGUGGUCAGAGGCUAACCUAGGUAAGUGUCUUACCAUGAUGCUAUCAAAGAUAUCCAACAACCCCUCAUUCCCCAAUGCCCUAUCAAUUCUCUCAUGACAUCUUCCUCGUGACCAUGUAAAUCUAGAGCCAGUGAAACCUAAAUCUAUUAGUUUUGAGGACUGGAUCCAAUUCCUAAAUCUCAUGCAACCAUUUGAAGCCCUACCCCCUAAUUUAUCCAGAACCUCAGUAUAAGCAUUAUAGUCUCCCAAUGCAAUCCAGGGCUCAGAAAUUGUUGCUGCCAGUAUAGUGAGUUUAUCCCAUAAAACUCUUAUAAUUUGUGGUUCUUCAAUAUACAGAAGUUAAAUGAGUGCUUAUAUUACCAGGAAAAAUUACAUGCAUGUGAAUGAAUUGCCAAUCGUUGUGAAUGAUUUUAACAUUGAUGCUGUGAUGCCAUAAAAUCCAAAUACCUCCUGAAAAACCUAUAGCUUCAACUCUAUGUGACUUUGCCAUUCCUAAAGUCUUAAUAAUUGAUAGAGCUGUUAUACCGCUUACCCUAGGUUCUAAGAGUAUCACUACAUUGAUUUUGUAAAUAUCUAUUAACUCUUUAAGGUAGUUUACUUGCUUACUUGAUAGAGUAAGGAUUGAGAUAGUCUUUUUAUUUGAUAUGCCUUGACAAUUCCAAGCUAAUAGUUUGUACUCCAUUGAUGAGAAUUGAAUAAGACACAGAGGCAAGCCAUAAUCCAGCCAAGAAAUUUAAAAGGAAAACCCAAUUCCAAAAGAACAGAUUCCAAAAAAGGCCACUCAAUGGAGUUGUCCAGAACCUCAAUGCCCAUCCAGCUACACCUACAAAUCUUGUUGUUACUCCAGCUCAAGCCCCUUUGAGUGUAACCUCAGAAGAUGAUGGAGCAUGGAGAGUGGUGCCCAGAAGAACUACUAGAGCCAGAAGAGUGAAUUUCCCCACUACUGUUAACCCAGUUUCAAUGAUGAAUGAUUUAACUACAGUAGUUGAGGAAGAAGUUGUGUCACAUAAUGAGGUAGCUAAUGAUCCAGGGGAUACUAAUACAGGUAAUCCUUAUUUUACCUAAUGAUUAUUUGUACAUGGAAUAUUAGAGGGGGUAAUGACCCUAUUAAAAUUAGAGAGUUAAAGAAGUUUAUGAUUAGAAAGAAAAUAAGUUUCAUGGGUGUUCUGGAAACUAGAGUUAAGGCUCAACAAUUUGAGAAAAUCACUAAGCAACUUAAUAGUAAAUGGAUAUGGAAACAUAAUUAUUCUUGCUCUCCAAAGGGGGGAAUCUGGAUUGGUUGGAAUCCUCAAAUCAUUGAAGUAGAGGUGUUAGAGGUACAUGAGCAACUUAUUCAUUGUGAGCUUAAAGAUGUUAAUUCCUUUUUUUUCCAAAUUACUCUUUGUUAUGGAUUACACACUAUUGAUCAUAGAGUUGGGCUUUGGGAGAAGAUCAGAUCUUUGGCUAGUUAUUCUCAGUUAGACCAAUGGUUCAUUUUGGGUGAUUUUAAUGCCGUCAUGUAUACUGAUGAUAGAACUAAUGGAACAGCUGUUUCACUUGCUGAAAUCAAGGAUAUGUCUCAAUGGGUCACUGAUUUAAACCUUGCUGAAUUGAAAUCUACUGGCCCUUCUUUUUCUUGGUCUAGCAGAGGCUAUGCUGACAGAAGAAUUCAUAGUAGAAUUGAUCGUGCUUUUGGAAAUGUGACAUGGAUGUUAAAUAAAGGUCAUAUAGUAGUUGAUUAUUUGAUGCCUUCUUUGUCUGAUCAUUCCCCUCUCCUAUUGAAAUAUGCUGAUGAUCCUCUUACUGUGGGAAAGCCUUUUAAAUUCUUCAACUACAUGGCUCAUCAUGCUGAUUUUCAUACUAUUAUGCAUGAAUUUUGGCAUCCUAGUGGUUCUCACAAUCUGUUAGGAGCAAUUUGGGCAAAUCUUACACUUUUGAAGGGGAAAAUGAAAAGCUUGCAUAAAAAUGAAUUUCACAACUUGAAUGAGAAGAUUGAGACAGCAAGAAGUAAUUUGGAACAAAUUAAGUUUCAGUUACAGCAAGAUCCUGAUAGUGUUCAAUUGCAAGAAAAUGAGAAGAUAGCUGGAGAGUUGUUGAGAAAAUGGAAUUUUAUUGAGGAGUCUGCUCUAAAGCAGAAAUCAAGGAUUCAAUGGUUGAAGCUUGGGGACUCAAAUAAUCACUUCUUUCAUGCUGCAAUGAAAGCUAGGUAUAAUACAAAUAGAAUUAACCUCUUGUAUAAUGCUCAGGGUGAUAGGCUUGAGGAUCCUGUUGGCAUUCAACAGGAGAUUCUUCACUUCUAUAAAUCAUUAUUAGGUAGCAGAGCCUCUUCUCUUCCUUCUAUUGAUUUACCUGUUAUGUUAUUAGGAGAGGGUCUAUUUUGAACCUGGAAGCUCAACAGAGUCUGUGUAGAGAGGUUACAAUGGAAGAGGUGAAUCAAGCUCUUAGAGGGAUUGAUGAUGAUAAAGCUCCUGGAAUUGAUGGGUUUCAGUUUUUUUCAAAACAGCAUGGCAUUUUAUUAAAGAUGAUGUGUUUAGAGCCAUCCAAAAAUUCUUCCAGUAUGGGGUCUUUUGUAAGGCUAUGAACUGCACAUCCAUUACACUUGUUCCUAAAGUUCCAAAUCCCACUUUAGUAAAGGAUUUUAUACCCAUUGCUUCUUGUUCUAUGCUCUAUAAAAUAAUUUCGAAAAUCCUCAAAAGCUUCAGCUAUAUUUAAUAACAUACUCUCAUACUGAGCCCGGUUAACAUCCUUAUGUAAAAUUUCUAACAAUUCAGCAUAAGAAUAUAUUUUCAUUAUAUCAUUAUUUUUCAUAUAAGAUUCUCUGAGGUUAAUUCCUAAAUUUUUUAAAUUAACUCUACCGAGAUUCUCUGGCAUAAGUAAACCGAAGUUAACUAACUUUUGUUUAUUUACUUUUAUAUAAGAUAUCAUAUGUUUUGAUAUUUUGAAGGGCUGAUUCUGAAGUUUAUUCAUAACACUACAUAUUUCCUUAUAACUAUUACUGAUAUCAAUAUAGUAGUGAUUGAUAUCCCCCGUGCUUAACAGAUUGUAACGACUAAUUGCACCAGUUAUUCCACUUAAGUAACCACCUUUUAAGUCAGACAAAUAUUUAGGGUAUAAACCUGAUGGUAAAGCACUACCCCAAGAUAACGGUUUACAUACCAUAGGUAAAUUUAAUUUAAUUGGUAGUAAUGAUACAUCAAAAUUACGGAUAGCAUAAAGAUUUUUAGGUAAAUAAUAUUUACCCUUCUUCUUUUGAAUAGGUACAUUAUUAUUCUCAGAAUUUUCUAAUACCAUUAGAUUCCUAUCAACAAAAAAUUCAACUAAUGCUACACCAAUAUGGUGUUUUUUAAAUAAACUCUCAUUUUUUUCAUCUUCUUUUUCUAUUUUACUUUGAUAUUUAUGAUUAACUAGUAAAACAUGUGCUUUAACAUGCCUGUCCAGGUGAUCAAUUAAAGUUGAAACACGAACCAUGGAUGAAUCAGAGCGAUAUAAAAUACAGAUUACAUAAACAAUUAAUGCUUCAAGUGUAUAUUGCCCUAACUCAUUAAGUAAUUCUAAUUGUGGAUAUUGAUCUUUUUUUAAUUUUUCCAUUAAAUAAUCCUUAGCAUUCUUCUUAUCAGGUAUAAUCAUUAGACUCAUAAUGAGAUUGCAUGUGCUAUUAAUUGAUUUUGCAUCAAACUUCAUUGUAAGAUUUUCAAUCUUCUCUUGCAACUCUCUUAAUUUAUCCUGAUUAUAUGGUUUUGUUUCAUUUGAUUUGAAAUCAUUCAAUAUUUUAAAUACUUCUUCUUUAUACAUUACUCUGUUAGAUUUAGAUUCAUCGCCAUCAUUAUUUUCAAGAUUAUCCAGGUAGAAUUUAUUCCAGAAAUCAAUGAUGAUCCUUUUUGUUUCAUUAGAUUUGUUAUCAUACGAUAUAUAAACUGAAUUGCCUAUAAAAUAAAAAUAUGGACUAUUCAUAUUAGUUUUAAAAUUACUAAAUUUCGUCAUAAUUUUUGUUUUCUUUUAAUAUUUUGUUAUGGAUUUUUUCCUGUUUUUUAAUUCAGGGGUCUUUACCACGUUCGUCUUCUUUAAGAGAUUACAAUAUGUUUUGUUAAUAAGAGAAACUAAUAUGUUAUAUAAUAAGUAAAAAAUGUUUGAUAAAUCAGUCAUAGAGGGGUAUCUCCAAUAAUCAAAGAAGAUACAUCAACUGAAUACAGGCAAAGAGUAAUAAAACUCUGGGUUUUUACAAAGUGCCAUACCCUAUCAAACAUAUCCCCAUAAAGACGCUCUAGCAUAUUUGAUCUAGAGACAGACCUAAGUUAUAUUUUUUUAACUCUAUAGUGUAUGAUAUAUCUUAGGGAGCUUUCUUACUUAGCGCUUGCGCUAAGGAUCUAAUCAGAGUCAACCUUGGAUUUAAAAAAGCCCUUUUCCUUAUUAGCCAGAGUACAAGCGUACUCUUUGAUCUUUAGUAAAGGCGUAUUAAGCCAAAAAAGCAUUUUUUCGAACAGUCUCAACGCCCUCAUUGAGAGUCGCUCCGCGAGACGUCCAGUAGUCUCUGACUUGGUCUUCGGAAUCGUAACUCUCAGCCCGUUCCCAGCUUGACUUGCUCUCAGGUUGGCCCUUCUACUGGACUAAGUAGUAUUCCAUUCGUGCAGUCGGUCUAUGGGCUAGCCCAUGGUACGGUCAGCUAUGAUAUACUCAACUUCUUCUUUAGUAGGUUAGGUUCAUCUACAACAUCUGGUGGUGCCCUCGUGGGCACGUUCCUCUCUGGGUCGGUCUGGUCUAAUCGAAGUCAACUGACUUACAUGGAAUACGGGGUGAGUUUUCACCGAGCCGGUCUCUUGAGUCUAUAGGCGAUCUUUUCUAUCCGCUUCUCUACAGGGCCUACUUUCUUCUUUCUUCAGACCGGGCUAAGCCUGACGGUUGUUUAAGUAGGUUGGGCAGCUUUUGCUAUCCUCCUGCCACCUCUUGGCAAAGUAGUCUGAUGGGCAAGCUCCCUCCUGUCGCAGUGGUGUGGGGCGUCAGAGGCUGUUGCCCCGUGGCCAACUCGAAGGGGCUGAAGUUCGACGCAGAGCUUUUUGGUUGUUAAGUUAUAGUAGUACUGAGCAAUAUUCAACAGCUCCAGUCCUUACUCUAACAAGUAAGCAAGUAAACUACCUUCUGGUUGGCAUUAAAGUUCCUUAAGUAGCCUUCGAGGAAUCCAUUUUUUCUCCCCGUCUGAGCUUUCAAAGAUAUACCGACCGUAGGUAUCUGACCAUCAGAUACCGACAGCCGUCUUCUAACAUUACCUACUUUUAGGGGUUUUCCAAAAUGUAAUAUAACAUAAAAGCCCUUUUCAUCAUCAGAAACAACCGGAUUUCCGGCCUCUUGCAUUGCAUUACCAUAACGACAAGAAAAAUUCAUUAAAAAAAAGAAAGAUUGCUCUUGUGACUUGGAAUGAACCUUUCUCAGUGAAGGAAAGGAAUAGCGAUGGAUUUUGAUGGAGCAUCCAGGAACAAGAAGAUUCAACCGGACGACGAAUUCUUACGUGGUCCAAGGAAAGAAAAGGCCCGCUUCUACGAUUUCAUCUAUAUUGAAUCUUAAUAUAAGAAUAGCUUAUAUAGUCAUGAUUCAAUUCAGGUCCACUGACUUUUGAUUGAUUUCUCAUUUUUCGGAUCUGAUUGGAACAAUGGAGAAGGAGGAAGACUUUAGCGAUUCAUAAUAGGAUAUCUUGAAUAUCUAUGUCCCAGAACAUAAAAAAUUUUUAAUGAAGACUAAGACAGGAGUUUCGUGGAAGCCUUUUCUCGGAUUUGAUUUGAAGUGAUCACUUAAGCCUCUUUCUUAGGGCCUUUAAAGAGUGCGACUCUACCGCUUUUAAAAAAGAAAAGGCCUAUUUGUAUUUGAUUCAAUUCAUGAAUUAGCCUACUUUACUAUGAGUAUACUGGAAUUCUAUAUUAUA